CUGACUGAAGGAGCAACAGGAAAGUUCUGAACUUUAGGCAGUAAAUCCAAAGUUAUAGAAAGGACAAGUGGUAGAUCAGGACUAGAGGAACCCAGAGGAGAUCAGAGACAGAAGAUCAUCUGCCAUGAGAGAGGAGAACAGCUGUGGAGAUUUUCCCAAAGGCGGAGUGAUUCCCCGAGACGAGGACGAGGAACACCGCAAUAAUAAAUGUCUCGUUGUCGUGGCCCGAAAACGACUGACAAGCCCUAAAAAGGAGCUCGGUGCCGAUCUGCUGGCUGAAGAUAAAACCGGAGCACCAUCCAUCCCUAAACGACCGAAAAAGAAUUCUCCAUCUCCUUCCUCGUCCUCGCUGGUGCCGUUGGUGAGCUCGGUGUCACCGCUUCCCGCUCAGCAGUUUGAGGAUCUUCACUCUCAGAGGGUCAUCGCUAACGUGAGGGAACGUCAGCGCACGCAGUCUCUGAACGAUGCCUUCGCCUCGCUCAGGAAGAUCAUCCCCACGUUGCCGUCCGACAAACUGAGCAAAAUCCAGAUCCUCAAACUGGCCUCGCGCUACAUCGACUUCCUCUACCAGGUGCUUCAGAGCGACGACGGACAGAUGGACGCCAAGAUGGCGAGCUGUAACUACCUGGCACACGAGAGACUGAGCUACGCCUUCUCUGUGUGGAGAAUGGAGGGAGCCUGGUCCAUGUCGGCCACUCACUAACUCACCAACAUCACCUCGGCACCUCUGUGCAGCCAGACCACUCCGCUGGCUCUCAUAGCUUUCAUUAACGCUACAAGCUCUAAGCUCACCUUAUUAUCAUAACCACGCCCCUCACCCUGACCACCUCAUUACAAGUCCAGUGUUGAAAAAAGUUUUUCCUCAUCUAAUCUUGAUCAUUCUGUCUUCGUCUGACUCUACGGUCCACUUCCUGGUUCGGUCCUCUGACCAAUCGAACGCAAGCUUAAUGUAAAUGUGUUUAGUUGUAAUUAGCUCAUUAGCGACGCCAAUGCUAACCUAAAGGCCGUAUUUUGUGCAAACGUCAAUCAACGCUUGAGAACUUUGCAGAAGCAGAAGCAGAUUUUCUCCUUGUGUUUACAACAAGGUGCAUUCUGGGUAUUCUGUAGAUUACAUCACAGAGACACAAACCUUACAUGGAAUUUCAUGAAUAAACUGAACUUUAAAUCAUCUACUCGAGGGAUGCAACCACAAAAACAACAAAACUCAGCACUACAGAUUCCAAGAAUUUCCAGUGUUUAUCCCGUCAAUGAUCUGUGAGAGAAGACGAGCAUAAGUUGAAUAAGUUCGCUUCUCUACAGCAGAGUCUCUGGGAUUCCAAUUGCAUUCUGAUCAGUGUGUGUGUGUGUGUGUGUGUGUGUGUGUGUCUAUUAUACACUCUGCCUCUAUCACACUGUUUACAUAAAACUUCUGCUUAUUGAUUCAUUAACAUUUAACUUGUCGCUCAGUUAGCAGCUUUAACUCGCUUCUUCAGCAGUGUCGUAUAAAAAAGAUUUUUUUUCUUGCUAUUUUAUUUCUCUGAUUUUCCAUAAAAUCACCUUCAGCCACUAUUUUGAAGAGGAAGUGCAUCACACUGGGGAAACGGAGCUCUGAACACUGAACUCUCUGGCUUGUGUGUUUUUUAAUAAUCCAAAUAUAAAGCUUGAUCCUGAUAUUUCUGAUCCUGAUAAGUUACACUGCGAUGAUGUUUAUUAAAAAGUGCUAGAAAUAAAAACUGAUCUGAUUUAAAGUGAAACAGAGACGAGCUGAACGGACCGAUCGCUCCGUGGUACUGACGUAAGGGUAUUUUCUGUAUGCUUUUAAUGCAAAAAAUGUAAUAAAUCAGUGAAUUAAUAAUUAAUUCCAGCUCUAUGCACUUUCUCUGAUCAGAGCGGUGUGUGAAACAUGGGGUGUGUUUAAUUAUAAGCAUCACACAGCCAGAGGCGACAUUAAACCGUGUUUCCUUUAAUUUACUUGGAGGUUUUGGUACUCUGUGUGUGUGUGUGUGUGUGUGUGUGUGUGUAUCUACUCAGCUCAUCUCUGUCCGCCCACCCCAUGAUUACUCCACCCCUUUAAAACCCCACCCCUUCAUAAGCCCACCCCCUCCUUUAGCUUAAAUCUAAAGAUGUAAUUUAGCCGCUCAGACCUGAAGCUUAUUCCUGUUUUCUGCUGCGUCUCCAGCAGAUCCGAGAACCAGAAGAAACAUCUCAGCCUUGCUGGAGUUUGUUUCUCCACCAUGCAGCGUUGCGUCCUCUCUGAGCUCCAUCACAUCAUGAGUUAAUGUUCGCUAUCAGCAGAUCAACAGCAGGAGUGUGUAGGUGGUCAAAACGUUGUGGCGAAGACGAUUUAACAACGUUACGUACACAGAUAAGCCAUACCAUUAAUGAAAUAUUCAGUUAUUUGUCUGAAAUACAGCAGAAUAAAAUGAUUUUUUCACAUGUCCCAGUUGGGAAGCUGGGGUCAAAAGCCAGGGACAGUCAGGAUACAGCGCCCCCUGGAGCAGACAGGGUUAAGAGCCUUGUUAAAGGGCUCCACAGGGGCAACGUGCUGGUGCUUGGACCAUCCGAUCAGUAACCCAGUAACCGACUGAACAUUGACACAACACUGAUGAUCAGUUAGAACCCAGUGAGUGGUGACAGGAUCACAGGUACCCGAGGCUCACCCAUGCCCACAGGGACCAAAGGCCCGCCCAUCCGGUCCGAUCCCACAGAAACGCACAAGUCAACGCUUGCUGCGACAGAAAGGCACCAGAACAUCCAGUCCAACAUGCACGGACUAAAGAACGUCCCCACUGACGCACUUCUGCUUCACCUCCUGCUGCUGCUGCCAUCACUAGCUCGGGUUUUACUGUGUUUGGAAGACACGAUGCUCGUGUGAGUGCCUUGUGUACAAUAAAAGUGUGUGUGUGUGUGUGUGUGUGUGUGAGAGAGAGAGAGGCCGUAGUGUUCGUCUGGUUCUCCUGUCAGGAUUUCUGAACUCUGUUGUCGGUUGUUUUCGUGUCCUCAGUUGUGUCUGCUGUGUGAAGAACGUCACAACUUCAUUACAUCUUAGAGACAGCGGGUUCUCCCGUCGGGGUUCUCCAGCACAACAAUAAACUUAACACAAUUCUAUCUAAAUGUUCUUAUCUGAUUUAGUACAAAGCUCUUUUUUAUCAAAUAAAAUGUAUUAAAGCUGAUUAAAAAGA